AUGGACCUCGACACAGAUGUCUUGAUUAUAGGAGCGGGAUUGUCGGGUCUCGGGCUCGCUGUCCAGCUAGUACGCCAAUACGGACAUAGGGACUUUGAAAUUAUUGAAAAGAUCGAUCAUAUUGGGGGCACAUGGCUAGCGAAUUCGUAUCCUGGUUGUGGUGUGGAUGUGGCUGCCCAUUAUUACUCCUAUUCAUUCUGCUUGAACCCAAACUGGUCCCGGAAAUUUCCGUUGCAGCCCGAGAUACUCGACUACCUCAAGGGUGUGGCCGCCAAGUACGAUAUCGAAAAGCAUGCCAGAUUCAACUCCAUCGUCAACUCGGCCCACUGGGACGAGUCCUCGCGUACGUGGUUGGUAACCGUCACGGAUUUGAAGGCAUCCAAGACGUAUAAUCGCCGGUGCAAAAUUCUUGUUUCCGCCGUCGGCAUCCUCUCCAUGCCGAAUGGGUGUGAUAUUGAUGGAGCGUCAUCGUUCAAGGGACCGAUGUUCCAUACGGCUCAGUGGGACCACUCAUUUGACUGGAAGGACAAGGACAUGGUGGUAAUUGGAAACGGAUGCAGUGCAACUCAGGUCGUCCCGGCUCUGAGCGACAAAGACGACGGGGCCGCCAGAAAAGUCACCCAGUUCGCUCGUCAGGCGCAAUGGAUCUUCGAACGUCCCAACCCACCGUAUUCGAGCCGGUUCCGGUGGACUAUGAAGUGUGUUCCGCUGGCCAUGCGUGCCUACCGAGCCAUUCAGAAUUACUACGCCGAGCUCGACUUUUACAGCUUUCCCACUGAGACCGGAGCCGGCAUCCGCAAGAUGUACGCGGACACACAAGGCGCGUAUAUCCGACAAGCAUCUCCCGCCAAGUACCAUGACUUCCUCAUCCCUAAGACCGAGGUCGGCUGCAAGCGUCGCGUGAUGGACUCGGACUAUCUGCAGUCUCUGCAUCGAGACAACGUCGAGCUGAUGUAUGACGACCCCAUCCGCGAGAUUGUCGAGCACGGGGUGCUCACCAAGUCGGGGAGGUUCGUUCCUGCAGACGCUAUUGUCCUGGCCAAUGGCUUUCAGGUUCAGAAACCCUUACUCUCCCUCAACCUAUUUGGAAAAGGGGGCGUUAGUGUUGCCGAGCACUGGGAUACAUUCAGUGAAGGAUCGGCUUCGUCCUAUUUCGGCACCUGUCUUUCCGGGUUCCCUAAUUUCUUCAUCAUGAUGGGGCCCAACACGGCUAGCGGUCAUGGCUGCGUGACGUACACUACCGAGUGUCAGAUCAACUUCACUCUGCGUGCUAUCAAGCCUGUCUUGAAUGCCCUGAGAGCCCAGAGGUCUCGGCUACCCGUGAUAGGGUGGAAGGCCGACACGGUACAGGUGAAGCCGGAUGCCGAACAAGCCGACAUUGAUGCCAUUCAAGAAAUGGCAAAAGGCUUGGUCUGGUCGUCAGGAUGCACCUCGUGGGUUUUUGAUGCGGAGUCGAAAAGAAACACCACCAUGUACCCCGACUUCCAGUACAAGUACUGGCUGAGGAGUAUCUUCAUUCCGUGGAAGGACUUUGACUUUUCAGCGCCAGUGUCCAGCUCUUCUCAUUCAUUGGGAAUCGCAAGCUUUUUGGCCUUCUCAGCGGCCAUUGCUGCUGUGGCAUCAGUGUAUAUCAAAUAG